AAAGAAAAGAUCUUUUCCUUUCUUUUUCACUCAUCUUGUUGCUUCUAUCUCUCACUAGACUCACUAGACUCCAUAGCUAAAAGCUUCUACUACAUCUAUAGCGCCUCCACGCGCUUAUAAUUACAGCAACAGUGGCAAAUCCACCUUCUCUCCUCUCAUGGCCACCGCAUCAACCAUCACCCUCCACCAUCCCUGACCACUCCUCCCCUGCCGCCGUUGGAGCCAGUAGAGCGGACUACAUGCUAGGCCUAAGAAACAUCAUCCUCUUACCACCACCUUCUCAGAUUAUACAUCCCUCGGUGGAAGAUAACAACAACAACAAGGCAAGGAACAGUAAUGUUGAAGAGAAAGUGUGCAGAGACUGUGGAAACAGAGCGAAGAAAGAGUGUUCGUUCGAAAGGUGUAGGACUUGCUGCAAAAGCAGAGGAUACAAAUGUGCUACUCACGUGAAAAGCACGUGGAUCCCUUCUUCUUCUUCUUCUCAUCAUCAUCAUCAUCACUCUCCUUCUUCCGACAGGAACAGAAAUAAAAAGCUCAAAAUCGAUUCUUCCGACAAACCCAGUGUCCUGAUCGUUCCGACAACCACUUCUCGCCCUCAAGAGAGAAGCUUCAAAGAAGGGUUACCGGGAAAGAUCGAAGCUCCGGCGGUUUUCAAACGUACGAGAGUAACAGCGAUAAGCAACGAGGAACAAUCAGAGAUCGGUUAUCAAGCGACAGUAACCAUACACGGUCAUGUCUUUAGAGGCUUUCUUCAUUACCAUGGUGUUGAUCACAACAAAGCGUUUCCAUGUCUUUCUAAUAAAAAAUAGGAUCUAAAAUGUACUAGAGAGUUUGCUCUGUUUCAAAACGUUACAUUAAUGUGGGGACGUUACACAUGGUGACUCUUUAUCAUUACUAGAUGGUGUGAGGUUGUGUGAUGGUGGAGCCAACAGAGCCACCGUUGAAGCUAGGGUUCGUAAGUUCGUAACUAUAAAGAUUAUUGUCGCCAGUUAGUACAACAAGGCGUUUCCAUGUCUUUCUAGAAAGUUGUAAUGAAACAUGUUGAUAGGAUCCUAAUGUACUAGAAGGUUUGCUCUGUUUGAACGUUACAUUAAUAGAGACGUUACACAAUGUGACUAUUAUUAUUACUA